UUAUUGAAUUCCUAACCCCGAAUUGCUGAGUUAUUUUUUUAAUUUUGUGUUUAGUUGUAAUGGAAGUGCCAAUUAGUUUCGAAUUUCCGUUCCAGCCCUACUCCAUCCAGCAUGCUUUCAUGCAAACUUUGUUUGAUGUGAUCGAAAAUAAAAAGUUUGGAAUUUUCGAGAGUCCCACAGGAACAGGAAAAUCUCUUAGUAUCCUAUGUGGGGCUAUUCGCUGGUUGAAAGAUCACAACACUUAUCAAAGAGAAACUCUCAAAUCACAAAUUGAGGAAUUGGAAAUAAAAAAGAGACAAGUUUCAAAUAAUUCAACUGACUGGUUGUCCACCCAAGCUCAAGAAAUUGAACUGACUCGACAAAUAAAUGAACUGAAGAUUCAGCAAAAUAAAAUUGAUGAAUAUGAUAAGAAAAUCGAGAAUUUAAAAAAGAAGAAAAAUGAGAAGAAAUUUGUCAAAACUAAAUCACUUGUUGUAAAAGAAGUUAAUGAAAAUGAGGAUGAUGAGAUUGUUUUGGAGACAGACGUGCAUUCAGACGAUGAAAAAGAAGAGAGUGAUGAUGAAUCACCUAUUCAUAGACCAACAAAAAUUUUUAUUUGUAGUAGGACGCAUUCCCAAUUGAGUCAGUUUGUGGGUGAGAUUAUUAAAUCACCAUUUGGUAAAAACAUAAGAGUGGCGUCAUUAGCAUCUAGACAGAAUUAUUGCAUAAACCCCAACGUUAACAAAUUAAAAAACAAUUCUCUCAUUAACGAAAAAUGUCUAGAUAUGCAAAAACAAACCAAAUCACAGAAAGAUGCUGACGGUAAAACAAUAAAAAAGCCAAGAGGGACAACCACCAAAUGUCCUUACUACAAGCAAACAACUAUAGAAGAUUUAAAAGAUUUAACAUUGACUGAAGUACAAGAUAUUGAAGAUUUGGUUAAAAAGGGCAAAGAUUUAAAUGCUUGUCCGUAUUAUUCUAGUAGAUUAGCGGCAGAAGAUGCUGAAGUUGUUCUAGUUCCUUACAACACUAUUUUGCAUAAGGCGACAAGGGAAGCUAAUGGUAUUGAUUUAAAGGAUAAUGUAAUAAUAAUAGAUGAAGCUCACAAUUUACUAGAAGCGAUGGGACAAAUGUACAGUUCUGAACUAACUUACAAUCAGAUAGACCAAGGUUUGCUUCAGGUCAAAUGUUAUAAACAGAGAUUUAAUACCCGUUUUUCUGCACCUAAUUUAUUAUUAAUUAACCAACUGAUUUUUGUGAUCACAAAACUGCAGCAAUUAAUGGAUAAAAGUAAUGAGGAAAAGACUGAUGUUUUUACGAUUGAAAAUUUUGUCCUAACGUCCAAAAUUGAUAAUUUUAACAUGUUUCGCUUGGUCAAGUUUUGUAAGGAUAGCAGAAUAGCCCAAAAAGUUCGAAGUUACGUUCUGAAAUAUCCCUUCGAUAAAAGUAUUGUCGAAAAGACGCCGAAAAAGGGUGUUAAAGAUUUUUUAUCUAGUCUCACUAAUAAAAAUGAAGCUCCGACAGAAAAUAAGGAUGAAAAACCGGUUGCUUUUUCGCUAACUAAUCCACUACUUGCAAUUAUUUCAUUUCUGGAAUGUCUGACUUACUCAUACAAAGACGGCCGUAUUUUUAUUCACACCAAUCAAGACAAGUCGAAAAUGAAAUUACAAUUUUUGCUUUUAAAUCCUACUAAAAAUUUUGAAGACAUCGUCAAGCUUGCCCGAUCUGUGAUAGUUUGUGGGGGCACAAUGAAACCAAUUGAAGAAUUUAGAAAUCGGUUAUUUAUUACUUCUGGUGUUUCACCCGACCGAAUUGUGGAAUUUUCUUGUGGUCACAUAAUCCCUCCUGAGAAUAUUUUGCCAGUCAUAAUGACCGAAGGGCCCAAUAAAGAAAAAUUGUUAUUCAAUUUUGAACGCCGAAUGUCAAUGGGCGGGUGCAUUACACGAAUAAUUCAGGAAGUGUGUAAAGUCGUCAAGGGUGGAAUUGUGGUAUUUUUCCCUUCAUAUAAUUACGAAAACUGGGUUUGGCAACAAAUCAAAGACGUGGCUUUUGGACGCUUAGUUUUUCGUGAACCUCAAGAUUGCGGAUCUGUUGAUUCUGUCCUGAAAAGUUAUUCCGACGCUGUUCACAAAUCGAAGUCUGGUGCCUUAUUGUUAAGCGUAGUCGGGGGCAAAUUGAGCGAAGGACUGAAUUUUAGCGAUGAUUUAGGCCGUUGUGUUAUCGUUGUUGGAUUACCUUACGCAAAUAUUACCGCGCCGGAUUUAAAAGAAAAAAUGUCGUAUUUAGAUAAAAUUGAAGGAAGUGGUGCUGGUAAAAGAUUUUAUGAAAGUUUGUGUAUGAAGGCAGUAAAUCAAUCAAUUGGUCGAGCUGUAAGACACAAAAAUGAUUAUGCAACUAUUCUUUUACUUGAUGAGAGGUAUAACAGAACUGCCACUAAAGAAGCUCUGCCUGAUUGGAUUAAAAAAUCUUUGAAAGUGUUUAAUUUUCUAGAUACUUUCACUAAUAUGCAAAAGUUUUUUGAGGAAAGAAAGAAACUAACAAUGUGAGAAAUAUCCAUGUAUUGGUGGUUGCCUAGGUUAUUCUUCAUUUGUAAGACAAAUUGCUAAUCCAUUUGAGGGUAAACUUCGGAUUGUCUAUUUUAUUAGUAUUAAUACCGAACCUUUUAAAAUUAAAAAUUAAUUAAUAAUUUUAGUGUUUUAAAUAGUGCUUUAUUUAUUAUUGCAUAUUUGUUAUUAUCCCCUUUGUAGUUACAUAUCAGUAUUAUUUUUGUUAGGUUGUACAAUGUAUGUGAUAUUAAACGA